AUGGCUGCUGGAAGGUUAUUGCUCUACACUGGCCUCUCCUUAGCUCUCUGUGCCCUCGGCAUGCUGGCCGUGGCGAUCUGCUCAGACCAUUGGUACGAGACAGACGCCAGGAAGCAUCGGGACAGGUGCAAAGCCUUUACUACUCGUCGGGUCGAUCCAGGCUUCAUUUACAACAACAACAAUAACUUGCCGCUUAGGGCCAGUAGGUCUAGAUUGGACCGCUGGGAAGGGAAACUCCUCCGGGCCAGGAACCGGAGGCAGCUGUUUGCCGUGAGCGCUAUGGAAGAGUGCAACCGUCAGUACAACUCCACCAACAUGGGGCUCUGGAGGAAAUGCCACAGGCAGGGAUUUGACCAAGACCUGGAUGACCUCAUUCAAAAAGGAGAAAUCGAGCGAUGCAUCUAUAUCAAGUACCACUAUUCCUCAGCAACCAUCCCCAGGAACCUCACCUACAACUUCACCAAGACCAUCCGCCAGGAUGAGUGGCAUGCCCUGCAUCUGCGCAGAAUGACAGCUGGCUUCAUGGGCAUGGCAGUGGCGAUCAUUCUCUUUGGCUGGAUCAUCGGGGUGCUGGGCUGCUGCUGGGACCGAGGCCUUAUGCAGUAUGUGGCAGGGCUUCUCUUCCUCAUGGGAGGAACCUUCUGCAUCAUUUCACUGUGCACCUGUGUGGCCGGGAUCAACUUCGAGCUAUCACGCUACCCACGCAACCUGUAUGGACUACCUGAUGAUAUUAGUCAUGGCUAUGGAUGGUCCAUGUUCUGUGCGUGGGGGGGCCUGGGCCUCACGCUUAUCUCGGGCUUCUUCUGCACCUUGGCCCCUUCUGUCCAACCUGUCCCCAGGACCAACUGCCCCAAAACCAGACCUGAAAAUGGGACAGUGUGCUAA